UUGUGUCGAAUCUGUCGUACCCGUUCACAGUCAGCAGAGCAAGAUGGCGUUCCCUACAAAACAGUAUGGACUCGUCUUGUCACAGAGGAAAGGAUUGUCAAAGACUGUGCAGAAACACUCAGUGUUCGAGGAUGACUCCGAUGAUGAGACCACUGUUGGGGAGAGUCUUCAGAAAGAAGCUGUCAAAAAGAAAAUGAUGAAGCAGACACGUUUGGAGAUGCAUAAAGCCCUGGAAGAGGACAGCACUGUAUAUGACUACGAUGCUGUGUACGAUGACAUUCAAAAACAGAGAAUUGACAACAAAAAAAAAAUGUUGGGAGGUGUUGACAAAAAGCCAAAAUACAUCCACCAGUUAUUGAGAGCAGUCGAGGACCGAAAGAAAGAACAAGAACGAAGGGAUGAGCGGAAGAUCCAGAAGGAAAGAGAGGCAGAGGGAGAAGAGUUUGCUGAUAAAGAUGCUUACGUUACAUCCGCCUACAAGCAAAAACUGCUGGAGCAGAAGGAGGAGCUGGAGAAAGAGAAAAGAGUGGCGGCGAUGGAAGCGGCUUUGGACGUGAAGAAACAAAAAGACCUGAGCGGCUUCUACCGGCACCUGCUGAAUCAGACAGUAGGAGAAGAGGCGAUACCUGAUCGCUCGGAAAUCAAAACUGAAAACUCCAAGGUUUCAAAAGACACGGAGAGGAUGUCACCUGUUCCCUCAUCUACAUCCCAUGACAAUAUCCCAAGUUCCUGCAGCGACAGUGAGGAGGGACAUGAGCAGAAAGCUGGGUUUAGCAAGCCUGGGGCAGGCCUCGCACACUCAAAACGUCAAUACAGACAGAGGUCACCUUCAUCGGGGAGCGCAGAUGAGAAGGAGAGAGAGAAGGAAAAAGAAAGACAUAAGAAGAGCCACAGAGAUCAAGACAGAGACCGAGCACGGGACAGAGAUAGAGACAGAAACAGAGACAGGGGAAGAGAAAGGGAUGACAGGCAUGGAGGAAGAAGAGACGACAGGGACGGAAGGAGAGACAGAGACAGAGGCCGAGAUGAUGACAGAAGCAGAGGAAAGGAUACAGAGAGGGAAGACAGGCACAGGAAGAGGGAUAGGAGCCCUAGGGAGAGAGAGAGGGAUAGGAAUGGGGAAAGAGAGAUGAGGAGGAAUCCAGAUGAAGACAAGCGAAAGGACAAAGUUCAGGAAGAAGAGAAGGAGAGAAAGAAGGAACCAGAAAAGGAGAAAGAAGUGAAGAGGGAAGAAAAAGAUCCAGAAAAGAAGGAACCAGAAAAGGAGAAAGAAGUGAGGGGGGAAGAAAAAGAUCCAGAAAAGAAGGAACCAGAAAAGGAGAAAGAAGUGAAGAGGGAAGAAAAAGAUCCAGAAAAUAAGGAAGCAGAAAAGGAGAAAGAAGUGAGGGGGGAAGAAAAAGAUCCAGAAAAGAAUGAAGCAGUCAGAGAGGACACAGGGGAAAAAGACGAUGACCAGAAUCAGGAAGGUGAGGGGAAAGAGGAAACAACGGAGGAGAAGGGAAACAAGUUUGCAAAGCGCAGCACGGAUCAGGCUGUGAGUACGGCCAGAGAGAGAUACCUGGCCAGACAGAUGGAACGGUCAGCCUGUAAGACGUAUAUCGAGAAGGAGGAGGAUUGAUAGCUGUGCAGCAAAGAGUUUCAAAUAAACUCUAUCUCAAUAACUAGGAUGAGGCGAAUGAAAUGUCAUUUAUUUCUCAACAAAUCAAAUGAAAAGAUCAAAACCUACAUAAGUUAGUUUCCUCUUUUGUCAAUACUUUUGCCCUGUUUACCAAAAACAGAUUUUCUUUUCAAGGCUCAAUGAUUUCCUAAUGUUAUUGGUUACUGUAGUAGAGCUGCAAAGAUACGUCAACUUAUCCAUAAGUCCAUCAACAGAAAGAUCAUUAACUACUAUUUUGAGAAUCAUAAAGUAGUUUUUCAUAUAAAAAUGUCAGGAAAAAACUUGUGAUUUUCUAAGAUAUGGAGAUUUCUUGUAUUUCUCUGUUUUUAAAUAAUAUUAAACAACUUGUUUUUGGGUGUUGGACCGACAUAUAGUAAGACAUUUAAAGACAUUCCCUUUGACUUUAAGAGAAUCUGAAGGACUUUUUUCACAGUUUCCUGACAUUUUAUAGACCAAAGGAUUAUUUUAUUAAUUUAGAAAAUGAUCGAUAUAUAUAUAAAGACAAUUAUUAUUAGUUGCAGCCCUACAUUGUUAGCAAAUGUUCCUCAAACAUGAGUAAAAAGGGCAUUUUUGAGAACUAUUUGCAGUACAUUUGGUAUACUAUUGGGUAUUAACAGCACUUAAAGCAAUUAAAAAUGAGUAGAACAUUUUUUCUUAUUGAUGUAAAAGAAGCUUUGGAUAAGAAUAGAAGUAGCUGUGACAAUAAAGUUAUGCCAGGCUUUGGCUAUGCAGAAUUGUUAGUAGGAUUGAUUUGAAUCUUUCAUUGGAUUUGUUGACGAUUUCUUUUUUUAUAUAUUGCCUCUCCACUACGCUGCAGAGGGUUGAUUCAAACAGCUGAGUGUUGAUGGCCUCUAGUGACGAGAGAGAACUGGGCAGUAAUAUCUUUCUUUCUUUGGGACUUACAUUUGUGGAGUUCUGAUUUAUAAUUGUGAAAUAAGGACACUGACUUGUAAGUAUGAGUUUUGACGGAGAGCCCCUCGUAACAUGACACACAGGAAUGAGGAGAAUGUAUAUAAGAAACAUUAUAAUAUGGAGGAAAUGUAGAACAACAUGUGAGCCACUGGUUUGAACACUUGUUGAGUUUUUGUAUCUUUCCAAUGUAGUCGGUGAUGAGUUAAUAAAAUGAUUUCUGGUCCACCUU